AUGCGUGAGCCCGAGAUAUUUCAGCUUUCGGUAGCGGCCGCCUUUGAAGGCCUCACCAGCAAAGAGCAGCUCUACGCCCACCACACGGCCAGAAUUAUUCUUCGACAAGUGUCUCCAGAAGCCACUGAUAUUUUCGAUUUCAUCAUGGCCCUUCACCACAGUUGUGAUGGUCAAUGGGAACACCUAGCAAGGAGAGCGCAAGUGGAUAUGACUGAAGUGGAAAAGUUCCUUGAUUAUGCAGCGGUUUUUCUCUCUCAAAUAUUGGAAAUUACUUUGGCUCUGGAGAUCAGAAGUUCCACCCUGAUGUCUCACCUGAUGACCUGGAGAAGCUGGCGAACGGUGAUCCUACUACAGCUGAAUUAUCUUCUGGGUGUCCCGAGUGACACCUCCCAAAGCACGUAUUAUCUUGGAGAAGGGACCCUUGACAAUAUGGACGAGGUCUCCGCCGUGUCCAAGUUGGUGGAAUUGCUAUAUAUAUUUCCUGAAAAUACUAGAUUGAGGAAGAGCGUCACCGCGGAGGGUGAGAUCUCGCGCCGAACAUAUGAUAUCCUGCAAGCCUCAAUAGACGAAGAUGAAGCCACCCUUCAGGAACCCGAUGAUCAGUCUGCCCAUUGCACUAGAAUCCGCUUGAUUCGCGGUGACCACAAAGAAGAACUCAAGAAGAUCAAUCAGAGUCUGAGCGAGGCUAUGAAGUACGCAGCCAAUUGCGAACAGCAGAAACUGCUCUCAGGCAUUGCAGAAAGCUUUGCUUCUGGCGACCUCAAUGCAUACCGGCAAGCACAAAGAGUCUGGGUCAAGGACAAGGCCCCCAAGAUAGAGACUGUGUUUGGAUUUGUCGAGCCGUACAGAGAUCCCCUUGGCGUCCGUGCUGAGUUUGAGGGUAUCCUCCCUUGGGCGGAAGGGUAUGAGGAGAGCAACAGAAAAGGCCCAUUUGAGAAGGAACUCUUUGAUAUUCCUGAUUUUGCCAGCGUUCAGAUUCUGGCUUAUUGCUCGAGCCUGGUGUUUCCCGGGAUCAAUCUUCCAAAUUACAAUGACAUCAGACAAGAAGAUGGCUUCAAAAACAUUAUCUUUGCUAACCGCAUGAUCGCAGAAAGUCAACGAGCCAGGGGCAUACAUAUGAUCCAUGAAUCAGAGCGCAAAGUAUUCCAGGAGCACCGCUUUACAGCAUACUACAUUUGGGUAGUUCUCCAUGAGAUCCUGGGGCAUGGCACGAGCAAGCUCCUUCAAGAGGACUCCCAGGGGCAUUUCAACUUUGACAGAGAGCACCCGCCGUUGAACCCACUCACUGGAAAGCCAAUUGACAGUUGGUAUGGCCCAGGGGAAACCUGGACAGGGGUUUUCACAGAUUUAUCAACAACUGUGGAUGAGUGUCGCGCUGAACUGGCUGGUGCUUAUCUGAUCGACGUUGCUGAGAUCCUGCAGCUUUUCGGAUGCACUGUAGACAGCAAGAUCAAACCUGCUGACGUGGUCUAUAAUCUCUUCCAGCAACUCGGAGUUGAUGGACUGCGAGCGCUCGAGAAUUACAACCCAUCCACCAAGAAAUGGGGUCAAGCACACAGCAGGGCACAUUUCGGUAUGCUCCAACACAUGCUUCAGAGUCAGAAUUUGACAAUUCGAGUCAAUCGAUUCCUUCUUCAGGAAGGCAAGGCUUCUCUUGGCCGGAUGCUUCUCCGCUUACAUAUCUACCGCUGUACAGCGGACAUGCGCAGCUGCCGCGAGUUCUACGAAGAUCUGACUACAGUCCAUGAGGAGGCUUUGGGGUGGAGGGAAGUGGUACUCAUGAAGAAGGACCCGCCAUUGGCAUUUUGCCAUGCAAAUACAUUUCUACAAGGAGACCGUGUCAUCUUGAGGGAAUAUGAACCUACUGUUCGUGGGCUCAUCCAAAGCUGGGCUGAGAGGGAUCUCUAG